AUGUACAAUUUCUGUUGCACAUUACCCAUCAUUGCCGGGGGUACUUUCGAGAAUUUUGUUCGGCCGUCACCAUUAUUUACUUUUCUGGAGCUCUUCUCCGUCACCCAGACGUGGCGACUUCCACCUCUUUCCUCUUGUCGUUUCUCUCUGUAUGUAAUUUCUGAGGAAACCUUUUCAUUCAAUUGGUUAUUGGCCUUUCGAGAGAAGUUGACUUGCUCAUGGUCACUGAUAGCAACCGUUGCUUCACUUGUCACAUUGGUUUCAAUAGUUCAUAUGUUCUUGUUUCCUUCUGUGCCUUCUUUUGAUUACUUUGGAUAUAAGCAAGUAAAAGACUCUUGUAUCCCAAUUAAUGAAACAAUCAAUGUGGAAAAGAAGCACAUUUUGCCUUUAAAUGCAACCUUUCCAGCUGACUUACAUAAGGCAGUUGUAUAUCGUGGUGCACCAUGGAAGGCUGAGAUUGGUCAAUGGUUAUCCGCUUGUAGUUCAGUUGCCACUACCAUAAAAGUUCUUGAGCCAAUCAGUGGGAAGAAAUGUGAAGAUGGGUGUAGUGGUCAAGGCAUUUGUAAUCAUGAACUUGGUCAAUGCCGAUGCUUUCAUGGAUUUAGUGGAGAGAAAUGUUCUGAAAGACUAGAAUUAAGUUGUAAUUAUCCGGCAACUGAAGAGCUACCUUACGGCCGAUGGGUUGUUUCAAUUUGCUCUACACAUUGCGACACAACACGAGCAAUGUGCUUCUGUGGGGAAGGAACAAAAUACCCAAAUCGGCCUGUUGCAGAGUCAUGUGGGUUUCAAAUGAUUUUACCUUCUGAACCCGGUGGCCCGAAAGAUGUUGACUGGUCAAAAUCAGACCAUGAAAAUAUUUUCACAACAAACGGGAGCUUGCCCGGAUGGUGUAAUGUGGAUCCUGUUGAAGCUUAUGAUUUGAAGGUGAAAUUUAAAGAAGAAUGUGAUUGUAAAUAUGAUGGUCUUUUUGGGCGUUUUUGUGAGACACCUGUGUUAUCUACUUGUAUUAACCAAUGCUCAGGUCAAGGCCAUUGUCGGGGUGGAUUCUGUCAGUGUGAGAAUGGGUGGUAUGGAGUAGAUUGUAGCAUUCCAUCUGUUCAUUCUUCUAUUCAAGAUUGGCCAAAGUGGCUUCGACCCUCUCAGGUUACUGUUCCUGACAACGAACAAGUGACAGAAAGUAUCAUCGGUUUAAAAGCGGUGGUGGAAAAGAAAAGGCCGCUGAUUUAUGUAUAUGAUUUGCCUCCCGAUUUUAACAGUAUCCUACUCGAGGGUCGUCAUUUUAAGCUGGAGUGUGUAAAUAGGAUCUAUGAUCAGGAUAAUGCUACUAUAUGGACGGAGCAGCUAUAUGGUUCUCAGAUAGCAAUGUACGAAAGCAUGUUAGCUAGUCCACAUCGAACAUUAAAUGGUGAAGAAGCGGAUUAUUAUUUUGUUCCUGUUCUUGAUUCUUGCAUUAUAACUCGUGCUGAUGAUGCACCCCAUUUGAGCAUGGAGGAACAUAGGGGUUUGAGAAGCUCUUUCACUCUCGAUUUUUACAAGAAAGCACAUGAUCAUAUUGUUGAACAAUACCCAUACUGGAAUCGCUCAUCUGGAAAAGAUCACAUUUGGUCUUUUUCAUGGGAUGAAGGUGCUUGUUAUGCACCAAAGGAGAUAUGGAACAGCAUGAUGUUGGUUCAUUGGGGCAACACAAAUUCAAAGCACAACCAUUCAACCACAGCCUAUUGGGCUGAUAAUUGGGAUCAGGUCCCUUCAGAUAAAAGGGGCAAUCAUUCUUGUUUUGAUCCAGAAAAAGAUUUAGUAAUUCCAGCAUGGAAGCGUCCAGAUGUCACCUCUUUGACCUUAAAGCUUUGGGAUAGGCCUCGUGAGGAGCGAAAAACAUUGUUUUACUUCAACGGAAAUUUGGGGCCAGCUUAUGAACGUGGAAGGCCUGAAGCCACGUAUAGUAUGGGUAUAAGGCAAAAACUAGCCGAAGAAUUUGGGUCUGCCCCAAAUAAAAACGGGCAGCUCGGGAAGCAACACGCGGAAGAUGUGAUUGUGAUCGCGCAUCCUUCCGAAAGUUAUCAUGAGGAUUUGGCGAGUUCGGUUUUUUGUGGAGUUAUGCCGGGUGAUGGGUGGAGUGGUAGAAUGGAAGAUAGUAUUUUGCAAGGUUGCAUUCCCGUGGUUAUUCAGGAUGGGAUCUUUUUGCCAUGGGAGAACGUGCUCAACUACGAGAGUUUUGCCGUUCGAUUAGGUGAAGAUGAAAUACCUAACCUCGUAAAUAUCCUCCGGGGGUUCGGUGAAACAGAAAUAGAAUUCAGAUUGGCGAAUGUGAAGAAAAUCUGGCAAAGAUACUUGUAUCGUGGUUCAAUUUUGCUGGAGGCUGAAAGACAAAAAUCUGCUUUUGGGCAUAUUAAUGAUUGGGCCGAAAAGUUGUCUGAGCUAAGUGAUGAUGAUGAUGUUUUUACAACAUUCAUACAGGUAUUGCAUUACAAAUUAUAUAACGACCCUUGGAGAAGGCAACAAACAAAUAUGAAAAAUGAGACUGGCAUACCUAAAGAAUGCUUACUCAAAGUAUAGUGAAGAACAUAUGUUAUAGGUGGAGGCGUUUAAACAGUGGUAUAAAGAUCGUUUAGUGUUUUAUAUAAUUAUAUUUAUUGAACCUGAUUUUGGGUACAUGCGGAAGCUAAUUUGCGUUGUUUUGGUAGUAUAUUUGAAUUUUGAGGGGAAAAUUUGUGCCCAGUUUUGCUCACCUUGUGUUUACUUUGUGUUGAUGUAUAGAAGAACCUGAAUUCUUAUAGACAAAGGAAAGUUUGACUUAAUUUAUAAAAGAAGGAAAUAAAACAUUGGUGGUGGAUGCAUGAUUUUAUUUA